CCAAUUAAUACCCUGCCACGUGAUACAAGAAACUAGCCAAUAGGCGAAUAGAGAAGAUAAAAGAGAGAGAGAGAGAGAGAGAGAGAGAGGAGGAGGGGAUAAAGAGUACAAGAGCGAACAAAUGAGUGAAGGAGAGACGGAGCGAGAAGCGUAUAUAAAGUCUGUCGUAAGCGCGUAUAUGAGCACUUACAACUUGUGGGAGGCUUAGAGUCACAAAGUGAGAGAAAGAUUAUCGUAAAAGCGGGGAGUGUAUCUAUGCACUUAAGAACUGUGGAUAUUUGGAAAAGAAAAUUGUUUAUUACGGAGAAGCUACAUAAAAAACAAAAAUGCCUAAAUUUGAGCACAUAGAAGAUACAACGACAGGAAAGAGGCGAGGAGUAAAUGCUAAAGGAGAGAAAAGAAAGAGGAGAAGAGCAACUGAAAAAUAUAAAACAGCUCAUGCUUCCAGGGAAAGAAUGCGUGUUGAAGCUUUCAAUAGAGCUUUCAACAAAUUAAGAAGAUUAUUACCUACCUUACCACCGGAUAAAAAACUCUCAAAGAUCGAAAUUUUAAGAUUAGCUAUAUGCUAUAUAAAUUAUUUAAACCAUGUACUAGAAUUGAAGAUUAUUGUUUAUUAAGAGUGUAUGCGUAACUACUAAAAGGGAAGAGAGAGUGAGAUAAAGAAAGAGAGAUGAAAAUAUGCGAAAUAUAUUAUUAUAUACUGUGUAUACUUUACAAAUCUAAUAAGUAAAUAAACCUUUUAAGCAAUAUGCUUAUAAUUAUAUUAAAAGCUAUUUUCUG